AUGGAUCAUGAACUCUCCAUACUAUUCGUGCAAAUCGCCGGCAAUGUGUUUAUAUUCAUUCUUUUUGUUCUUGCGGCCUAUCCUUUGGCUUCAUUCAACGUCCGCUCAAGAAUACGAGCACUAAAUCGACACACGCUACCAAAGGCCUUUGGUCGUUUACUCACAAUAAAAUCCAUUAGAGAUACCUGGUCUAUACUUUUCGAUACCGAAACCUUUCUUCGCGGGCUUCAAAAGGAGUUCCAGGGUUCUCUUGUUCCCUUGUCUCUACCAGGACGAUGUCUUAGCAUUGCCCUGCCUGGAAAGGCAGUCCGAGAUGUUUUCAGAAACUCUCGAGAGUUCACUCCUGUUCCCGGGCUUCUAGAUGCACUCGUUAUUUUCUUCGGGUUGACAUCUGCUGAUGUCGCUAUCUUCGACCAUUCGCACAUCGCCAGCUUUGAAGAACACGACAAAGAGAGCCAUAAAACAGAUCACAUAGACCCUUCAAGAAGAAUUAUUGAGCAUCAGCGAAGAGAUUUCUUACUUUUUCUGACCGGAGAUUCAUUAAAAAGCAUUAUUGAAAUGUUUUCGCGAAACUUUCGACGCCAACUUCAACAUCAUCUUGAUCCAAGCAAAAGUUUGACUCAGCUUCCAGAUGUUUAUAGAUUCUUUAGAGAUUUAAUCUUCAAAGCUGAAGUCGAAGCCCUAUAUGGUAAACACCUUUUUUCGGUAUGCCCCUCGUUCUGCGAAGACUUUUGGGAAUUUUACGAAGCAUUUCCUAUUAUCUCUCGUGGGCUACCUAAAUGGCUUUUCCCAUCCCAAUAUCGGAAGAGAGACAAACUGUUGGCCCAUUUUCAAUGUUGGCGACGACGGUGCCAUCAAUUAUUUGACUGGACAGAUGACAAUUUGGUCAAUUGUGACUAUGAACCGAUAUGGGGGACGCACUACAUAAGAAGAAUGGUUCGGCGACAUGAGAAAUUGGGCUUUUCAGACGAAGGAAUCUCUACAGUUAUGCUUGGUUACCUGUUUGUAACUACCGCAAACACCAUUCCCGCAGCUACAUGGAUGAUAUUACAUACGUUUCUUGAUAAGCCCCUUUUAUCUCGAAUGAGACAUGAGCUUUCAAUAAAUGGGUCUGAAACAGCACUACCAAGGGAUGCAGUCAACCUUGGGAGCGCACCACUUCUUAACUCUGUUUAUCGAGAAACCCUUCGUCUUCAUAUUGCAGGCGCUACUGGUCGCACCCGCGCCACUUCUGGGUUUGGUCCCCACCAAGGAUCAAAAGUAACAAUGACAGCUAGCUGGUUAGGUGGUUUGGACACCGCGUUUUGGAAUCAGGGCCAUAUAAUCAACGGCGGGCCAGAACAUUCCGUUGAGAUAUUUUGGGCUGAGCGUUUUCUUCGCUAUCCUGACGACACAAGCAGCGGACCCAUCCUGAUCCAAAAAGAAACCAAUAUUUCGCCGAGGACACGUAUCACAUCAGCCCCAAAGACAAUACAUGAUGAUGCUAAAGCCAAGCUAGUCAACUCCGGGCUUCAAGGGCAUUGGUUUCCAUUCGGGGGUGGGGCUUGGAGGUGCCCUGGGGAAGCUUUAGCCAAAAGCACUAUUCUAACAUCAGUGGCUUUGCUGUUGAAUGAGUUCAAUAUCGAUAUUGUGAACGAAGGAGAUGCAUUGGAAGUCACAAGAAUACAUAAACAUAGAACUUUACCCUUUGGAACACACGCAUUUAAUAAGCCAGUUCCAGUCCAGAUCAGCAGACGAGCUUGA